AUGUUUCGAAGACCAGUUUUAAGCAGAACCAUUCGACCACAUAGAAUGUUUAUGUCUUCCAGCAGUUUCAUUAGGAGCUCCUAUAUUGAAUAUUUUACGAAAAUUCAUGGACAUAGGCAUGUAAAGUCAAGUUCUGUUGUACCUUUAUCAGACCCGACUGUGCCAUUUAUUAAUGCUGGGAUGAAUCAGUUUAAAGGUGUGUUCCUGGGUUUGGUAGAUGCGCCAAGUUCAAGGGUGGUAAACUCUCAGAAAUGCAUCCGCGUGGGUGGUAAACACAAUGAUUUGGACCUUGUAGGAACAGAUGGUCAUCAUCACACUUUCUUUGAAAUGCUUGGCAACUGGUCCUUUGGGGACUAUUACAAGAAAGAAGCUUGUCAGAUGGCCUGGGAUCUUCUUCUUGGUCCCUUCCGUCUGAAGCCAGAAGAUCUGGUUGUGACCUACUUUGGUGGGGAUCCAAUAAUAGGCAUACUAGAAGAUAGGGAGUGUAGAGACAUAUGGAAAUCUAUUGGAGUGCCCGCAAGUCGCUUGCAAGCUCGUGGAACUGCUGACAACUUUUGGGAAAUGGGAGUCACUGGCCCCUGUGGAGCCUGUACCGAACUACAUUACAUAAGCCCUGACGGAAGUCUUACGGAAAUAUGGAACAUUGUCUUUAUUGACAGCAACAGAGAAGCAGAUGGCUCAGUGAAGAGACUGAGGAAACAGCACAUAGACACCGGUAUGGGCUUGGAGAGGAUGGCAAAGUUGCUGCAAGGUGUACCCUCCAACUACGACACUGACCUUUUCCGUCCUCUCAUAGACGCUAUCCACAGGAACAGCAAAGGAGCCCCCCCAUAUAGCGGUGGGUACAGUUCACAGGAUGCACUGCAACAAGCGUACAGGAGACUGGCGGACCACGCAAGGAUGGUUAGCGUUUGCCUUGCUGAUGGCGUCUUCCCAGCCGCUAACUUAAACCUCAAGCAAGUAAUGCGCAGAUCGUUCAAGAUUUGUACAGAUGUCUUCCAAAACCCCCAACUCCUCACCCAUUUGUACACUGAAGUGGCAAAUAGCCUCGGAGACACAUACCCAGAGCUGGUUUCCAAGCAGAAGGAAGCUAAUCUCAUUAUAGAACACGAAAGAGAAGCAUACGCAAAGCUGAGAGCAGAAUUGGGGAAGAAAUGGAAAGGGCUUUUGCAAAGAUAUCCAGAAGUGGAGAGCUUGGGAGAUGUAGAAAUAGCUGGAUUUGCGCUUGGAUAUACAGAGUUUAAGGAGACUAUGUCCAAAUUGAAAUCGACCACAAUACCUGGUGACUUGGUAUUUAAAUUGUACGACACGCAUGGCUUUCAAGAGGAUGUGAUCGAAAGAAUAGCAAAAUUAAAUAAUUUAUGCAUAGACAAGCAAGGAUUUCAAAAACUAUUGACUCAACACAAAUCUAAACAUAAGGCUGCAUUUAAGGAACAAAGCUCCAAGAAGGGAUUAACAUUUGAUACAACUAUAGACCGAUUGAUAAAAAGUGGUGUUAAAUGUACAGAUGAUAAACACAAAUAUGAUUGCUUGUUAGUCGAUAAUAAAAUAAUAUUCGAACCGCUUAAAUGUAAUCUAGUCUCAAUAAUAAAUGAGGAUGGUGAAUGGAUAGACUUUUUAGAUCCAUGCGAAAAUAGACCUUAUUAUUUAGUGACGGAUAGAACAAAUUUCUAUUGCGAGGAAGGUGGUCAAAUAGCGGAUAGUGGGGUAAUCAAAGUUAGCGAUCAAGUGACAAUGAAAGUGGACAGUGUAUUUAAAAUAAGAGAUUUUGUGUUUCAUAAAGGACAUUUUCUUAUAGAACAAGGCAGUGAAAAACCGUAUGUAAAGUGUAAUAGUGAAGUGACACUUGCAAUAGAUUGUGAUAAAAGGUUGAAAAUUAUGAAAAAUCAUACAGCAGUACAUCUGUUAAAUGCGGCCAUUAGAAAGGUGCUACCGAACAGUGUUGUCUGCCAGAUUGGUUCGAGAGUUACUGACGGAGGAUUGAGCUUAAAUUUGUCAGUUUACGGUGAGAAAUUGUCAGACAAGGUGUUAUUAGAUGCUCAAACGUUAGUUAGGUCAGCAAUAAAGAGUGAUACACCACUAGACACAAGAAUUAUGGAUAGUGUGCAAUUACAGAGCGAGCCGCCUGUAUUGACGGUGCCUGGAGAGUCCUAUCCUGAACGUGGACUGCGUCUUGUUAGCUGCGGACCUCCACUGGAGUCCAGGGAGUUAUGCUGCGGUACUCACGUGGCGUCCACGGGGCACCUGCAGGAGUUCUGCGUGACCCUGGUGAAAGGUGCGGGAGGGAACACGCCCAACAUUCACGCGAUCACCGGCGAAGCUGCCACAGAGGCCCGGGAACUGUUCUGCCAUGUGGAGAAUCUAAGCCAGGUGAUUGACUUGGCGGAGCCCGAGCGACUGAAGCGAGAGGUGGCCGACAUCAGAAGUCGGUUGGCGACGCUGUGCGGCGGUGGCAGUGGUGGCAGUGAUGGCAAACGUAGCGCUGGUGGCGGGGCGGCGCGUGCAGAUUACGGCGCCUGCUUGCAACUGUUACAGCGUUUGGAGAAACGUGUCGAGAGCAAUACUGAUACUGCGCUCAGUGGUAUCGCGUCAGCAGAGAUCCAGGAGGCUGCAGCGGAGGCGAGCAGGUGCGGGCGCAGGUUCGUGGUGCACUUCGUGCGCUGCUCCUACCUGAUGACGGACGGCGCCGUGGGCGCAGCCCUGCACACGCACACGGAGCACCCGGCGCUGCUGCUGGGCUGUGCGGGUGGCGUCAUCCGGGCUGCGGCUGCCGUGCCACAGGAGUUGGUUAGUGCGAAUUUCAAUGCAGAGCGCUGGUUGGGUUGCAUACUACCAGUGUUUCGCGCUAAAGUACAAAAGCAUCCAACACGCUCGCUCACCAACUAUGCAGAGAUGACUGCCACUAAGGUGAGCCUCAUUACUUGCGAGCAGAUGGUGCAGGAUGCGAUGCGGAUAGCCAUCAAGUUUGCUCAAUCACAUAUCGGAAAAGUCAAUGAAGAUAGUCACGGAGACAAAGAAACACCCAGCAAGAACAGGCAGCAAAAUUAG